AGAGUCUCUUGGGAGUUAGGAGAAAGUGAACGGUUCAUGACAAACUGAAUGUACUCUAUACGCUUUGUACCUGGGGAAACUUUAGUCUUUAGCGGUCAAGCCCCUGGAGUCUCCUCCUUCCCCUCUGACGUCAUACAGAGUUUAUGAGCGGCUCGCGGGGUUCCGCAUCCACCAUCAGUCUGUCGGCAUGAAGGGCGCGCGCAGCCUGCAGCAGCUCUCGCUAACCGUGAAGCGGAGCCUUCAUCAUCAUCAUCCUCCUCCUCAGCAGCACUCCGUGGGAAUAAUCGGUGCACCUUUCUCCAAGGGCCAGUCCAAGGAUGGAGUGGAUUGUGCACCGAACAAGUUACGAGCAGCGGGACUCCUGGACCGGCUACAGCAACAGGGCUGUGCUGUGAAGGAUUACGGGAACCUGACGUUUGAGAACGUCGCACUCGACGAGCCGGUCAAUGGGUCAAAAAGUGUCCGGACAGUGGGAAGCGCCAACCAGAGGCUGUCGGAGGCGGUGAAGGCAGUGAAGAGGGAUGGGCACACCGCCGUGAUCCUUGGAGGAGACCACAGUCUCGCCAUUGGCUCUAUCCACGGUCACACCGCAGCCGUCGGCCCAGUAAGUGUCGUUUGGGUGGACGCCCACGCCGACAUCAACACGCCGCUGACCUCAAACACAGGAAACGUUCAUGGGCAGCCUAUGUCGUACCUCCUCUACGAGUUGCAGUCGAAGCUCCCCCCGUUACCAAACUUUUCCUGGAUGAAGCCCUGUGUGUCAUCCCGGGAUCUCGUCUACAUCGGCCUGAGAGACGUGGAUCCGGCGGAGCACUACAUCAUGAAGUUGUUGGCGGUGAAGGCGUUCUCCAUGACACAGGUGGAUCGACUGGGCAUGGCCAAAGUUAUGGAGGAGACGUGCGAUUACCUGUGGGACAGAGCAAAGAAACCAAUCCACCUGAGUUACGACAUUGACGCCAUUGACCCCUCCAUUACCCCAGCAACAGGAACACCUGUGGUAGGAGGGCUCACCUACAGAGAGGGGGUUUACAUCACAGAGUACCUCUGUCAGACAGGUCUGCUCUCGGCUGUGGACCUGGUGGAGGUGAACCCUCUGAGGGGACGAACGGAGGACGACGUCCACUCUACCGUCAGCACGGCGGUCGACCUGCUGCUCGGAUGUUUCGGACGUCGCCGGGAAGGAAACCACCUGCCGGAUUAUUCCCUGCCAGAGCCGUAACAAAAACAAUUCCUGUCUGUCUGCCAGGAGCCUGAACGCAUCACACUGAGAAAUCCUUCACUAUGAAUUUAACUGCUGCUAUGAAGCCUCGAGGUGGUCAUCUUGAAGUUUUAAGAACCAAAUCAGUUCACUGAACUUAAAAAUGCACAAAUUAUGGCACAUGUAUGAACUUUUAAUUAUGUAUUGUUGAUGUAUCAUUUUAUCUAUAAAAGAAGAAAGAAAAAAAUCCUGUGUUAUCUUGUAACUGAUUUUUCAACUCCAAAAAGUGUUUGAAGCAAGAAAGAGAAACAUUUGGUACAAGAACACCAAAAUGUGUGUUGAAAUAUUUAACAUAAAAGCACAACCCAAAUUCAAAAAAUCUGCUUACUGACACAGAAAACCAACAAAUAUGAGACCUCAGAAAAUACACCAAAGGAAUGCAAAGGUUACCACAAACAGAAACAAACCAGAAGUAAUUACAAGAGUUUUUGAGCUUACAAAAAAAAGCUCAAAACAUGCUUUAAAAACAUGGAAAGAAACACUUUAACAUAUUUUAUCAGGAUUUUAUGUUGUAAACCAGCACAGAAUACUGACAGACCAGGCAAGGAGAACAUUAAACAACCAACCAGACCUACUAUAGAGUAGAUUAAAUCAAAGUAGACAUUAUUUCUAUCUGUAUGCAUACAUGACUUUACCUGCAACAAAUGAGAUGAAGCCUCCCGUCUGUUUCUGGAGAAAUUCAUAUUUUAUUUUCAUCACUUCAUGUUGAACAUUAUCAUUACGUUAUCGACAUCAUCUUUACGUUGCGGUUUUCUCAUAGAGAUAACUGUGAUGUAAAACAGUUUUGUGGUAUUCCUUCACGGCACAGCACACAGAGUCAACAUCGGGUUCUCUUGUUACCUGAAGGAAUCAAGUGUUCUACAUAUUCAUGUCACAGUUCUGUGAUCUGUGAUCACAAAAAGGAUCACAGAUUUUUCUUGUAAAAUCAGUUGGAUGAUAAAAAAAUAAAAUAAAAUCGUAAUCUGCA